CAAAUUUAAACUCUCCGAGUCACUACCAUCCGGCACCUGACAGUAGGGCGGGCACCAUCUCUUCUUUUCAUCCAGGGAUGUCUUCCAAACCAGAUUUACACAUGCAGCAGAGAAACAGCAGCCCGGCAGUUACUGGUGGUAGCAAUUACCUCAGUGGAAUGCAGCACUCUUCCAACCAGCAGUUGAAAUCUGCAACUGUUAUAGGAGCUCCUAACAUGACACACAAAUCUCAUUUGCAGGUGAUGCGUGUGCUAGGUACACCAUCUCAGCUGGGCAUUCGUGCUAAUUCUGAUGUGAAAAGUGGUAAACAGUCUAGCUCACAAGGAACAAUCAACCAGUCAUCGCCACCUAGGAAAUUUCCACAGUCUUCCUCUACAUCAUCUCCUGUCAUUCAAUCAGGUUUGUUACAAAGCAGUCCUUUAAUUUCCCAGUCGCGAGGCAGUACCCCAUCUCCACAAAAAUCACCCAUGUCCCCAGAAAAUGCUGCUCUGUCGCUCUAUGAACAAAUCCAGUCCCAGGUCCGCCAUCAGGAAGCCAUGGAAGGUCAGGCUCUAAAAAAUCUGGCCAUGGCUUUAAAUUACAGCAGUGCUUCUGCGAACGCUGGCUUUUUAGGUAAGUGAAAUGGUUUUAAAUUUUUAUAAAUAAAUCUGAUCAUUUUCAUAUAUGUCUGUUUUUUUUGUGUUUUUUUUUUGGUGGUUUUUUGGCCUAGAAUUAAUGUUGUCUUUCUGUUUGUUUAUUCACUGUACUUUUUUGUUCUUCCUAUUUCCUUUCUUUGCUAAAAGUUGAUGUAUGAAUGAACCUCUGUUGAUGGUUUUGUAUCCAUUCAAUGUACCCACCUCCAAACACUGUUUUCCCAUAAAAACGACAACUGAAACCAACUGUAAAAUAAGGUAUCUCUUUUUAAUUGGCCACUGAAAAUAUCACUUCUGUAAUAUUACAACUUGGAGUAAAAAAAAAUUUACUUAAAUGUUGAUAAGUCUAAGGUUCAGUAACUAGUUUUACAUAAAUGUUUGUUUUAAAGUUAUUGUUAUUGAAUCUCAUCUUAGCUUUGAAGGUUCCUUUUAUUUUUUACUUCAAGUGGAUCUGUUCUUAAUGUUUAUGGCUGUAGUUAUUGCAACUGAGGCAAUCUGAGGCAAAAAUUUGAAUUUUGAUCCAGAUGUUCUCCACAAGGGUAUGGAAUAUUGAAUGUGACACCACCAAGCUAGUGCUCAACAAAUAAUAACUAUAUGAAUUUCAUUUUAAUCCUAGCUUCAAAAUUAUUUAUUAUAUAUACUUCUACUACUCUCAAUUUGGUUAUAAUAUGGGUUCUCUUCUUCCCCCCCCCCCUCUAAAAGCUAUAUUUAUGAAAUCUAUUUAUCUAGGAGCUCCCAAUUUAAAUUACUUGUGUGCCCUACCCCCAUGCACUCAUUAAUUAUUUGUUGAUUUUUCCGGAGACCACACAGUAGUAAGUUAAAGAAGAAACUUAAUCAAAUGUGGAGUAAAGAUUGAUUUUUUUUUUUGAAGUAGUGAAGUAAUAGACUACUAUUACAAUAUUGUAGAUGCUUAUAUGUUAAUGACAUGGUGUGUGAAACUAUGACUGAAUUCUUGACCCUGUGAUGAUAUAAUGGGUUUUGGGAAUGUUAUGAUGGCUGAUCACAUUCAAUGUACUUCACACCUUUAGUUCCUCAGAGCAAGGGAAAGUUGGUUGGGUUUUCUGUAAGCAUUUGCCUUAACUUGAAAUUUCUGCACAUCUCACCACAGGAUGGGAAUAAUAUAUAAAAAAAGAAAAAAGGAGUUUUUUUCUAUCAAAAUAACAAUUUUUUCCUUGACUCACAAACUAGACUAGUGACAUCAGUCCUUUAAGCAGAGGUUUCCUUUAGGUUAAACACACCAGUGGGUCCAGAGCAUCCCUCCAAUGUUCAUGGUCAUUUCUAAGAUCAGCUCCCAGGAAAAAUGUUGUGAAACUGGAUAUAGUUUAAAUAAAUUGUUUAUCAUGAUUCAUUCCACCAUUGGGUGAUCAAAUUCAUUCCACCAUUGGGUGAUCAAAUUCAUUCCACCAUUGGGUGAUCAAAUUCAUUCCACCAUUGGGUGAUCAAAUUCAUUCCACCAUUGGGUGAUCAAAUUCAUUCCACCAUUGGGUGAUCAAAUUCAUUUCAUCACUGGGUGAUCAAAUUCAUUCCACCAUUGGGUGAUCAAAUUCAUUCCACUAUUGGGUGAUCAAAUUCAUUCCACCAUUGGGUGAUCAAAUUCAUUCCAUCAUUGGGUGAUCAAAUUCAUUUCCCACUCAUCAUUGGCUGAUCAAAUUCAUUCCAUCAUUGGGUGAUCAAAUUCAUUUCCCACUCAUCAUUGGCUGGCUUAAGUCAUUCAUGAAUGACACCUAAAUUCUGAAAUCUCUGCUUGCAGGAAUGAAGCCUGCUACAGUCAGAGACACAGGUAAAUCUGCCAAACUUAAUUUUAAUGAGUUCAACAAGGCCACUGAUGGCCCUUUAAAACAUGGCCGAUCUCUUGUGCAAGAUACCCCAGAGAAAGCACAGCUGUCUCAGCCAAGGCCAAAUAUGGACAGAACUCUGAUCUUGCAGAGAAAAGAUGAACUUUUUGACAAAGUUGAGAAGGGGUUUGGAAAAGUGUCCAAUAUUAACAUCUCCAACUCUUCUCUUCAGAGUUGGAAAAUGCUUCAGUUUUCAAAGGCAAUAGAGAAUAAAGUGCUAGCUAUAAAUCAAAACACGACUGUUGAUGGAGCAAAAAUGAAUAGAGCUCAUGCUGGAAGUCAGCCAGCCUCUAACAACUUAGCAGCACAGUCAAAAAAAGACAGCGUGAUAAAUACCUGGGAACAUUUCUUGCCUCAUGUGCAGCACAAGUCUUCAGCCUCACCUGCUGUGACAAAGCAGCAUAUAAUUAUAUCAUCCCCUCCAAUAUCACAGCUAUCAGUUGCUCAGAAGAUAGACAAAGUCAGCUCAGACACAGUUUCUAAAAGUGUGAAUGCACCAUGUGAUCAGCUAUCACCUCUCAAAACUCUCCAACGCCCAGAGCAAAAUUUUACGUUAGAAAACCUCAAAAAAAUUAUUGGAAGGACCAGCUCAAACCAGGGAGAGACGCAGAUGAAUCAAAAUUGGAAAAUAAUUGCAGGGCAGGCCUCAACUAAACAAAAUUCAUUGGUCAGCUUAACUGUGACUCAGCAGGCACAGCGUUGCUCAAAAACAUCUUCACAGGGAUCAACGCCAGACAAGUCCACUGACAGUAUUUUCCCAAGUAUUCAAGCAACUUUCUCUCAACAUGCCCCUCUUUCCCCUGUUCAAGAAAAAAAAUCUUUAAUGGAUUUUGGCAGCACUUCAGAAAUCCUAAAAGAAGGUGUUGUAAGAAAAACAUUGGAUAGCUCAAGAGAUAUGAGUGAGAGUGAAGAUCACUGAUGAAUGGCUCAAGAGAUAAGGGUGAGAGGGACUCAAUGAAACCUGGAGUAUUCUUGCUAUGAACAAAAAAAAUUAAUUUGUCUUUCUUUAAUUUGGUGGCUGCACAGCUAGGGACAGUGUUUCUCAUUCACUUGAUGUUGUGCCUCACUAAAAACCGUGAUUAAAUUUACAUUCCAAUGCUUGUGGGCUGCACAAUACAAUAAAAUUCACUAGUAGUGUUUAAAAAAAAAUAUCUUCAUCACAAUUAUUUUAGAUAAGAAACUUCUUAAAAUCAAAAAGACCAUGACACAUUUGUGAAAACUUGUACUUUAAAAAAAAAAAAAAAUUUGUGUGGACACCUUGCAUGCACUUCCUUUCUCUUCUUCUAAUUCUUGUUUAUACUAAUUUUAAAAAAAGAACAACUAAUCAAGUUUUAAUAAUUUUAAAAUUCUUCACCAUGGAAUAUUUUGUUAACCAGGAACCUAUAAUUCUUAAAGGCAAUAUUCACAGGUGUUUUAAAUUUAUAAACUUAGUAUAAGUUUAAAAUAUUUUAGGCCAAAUGAGAAAUAAUGGAAUGUGGCAUAAAUAAAUGUGUCUUAUGUUUCUUUAGAGAAAGGAAAACGUGCCAACAGUCAUACUGCUAACUACCUUUGCCACAUAUUUCCCUCUGGUAAAAGGAGUAUUUCAGAAAUGUUUUAUUUAAGUUUUUAAAAAAAAAAUAAAAUUGUUAACUGCUGUUUUUGAUUAUUGUUAAAAUGGGCUGGUAGGAAAAAAAAAUCAUCUGGACACAUUAUACCCUUUGGCAUUUUGUUUGUUUGUUUUCUUUUUUGGUUCCUUUUUUAAAGUUUAUUGAUAAUACAGUACUUCAAAUUUCCAAAACGAAGUGGAAUCAAAAUUAAUGUAUUUUUAAAGUGUGGAUUAUCUGUGUAAUUAAAAUUUGUUAAAAAAUAAAAACUUAAUCAUGAUUUUAAAAAAGAUAUGACUUUAAGCCAUUGGGCUGUCAUUUAUGAAGAAAAGAUUAGUACUAUUUUUUUUCUUCAGAAAAUUAUAAUUGCAAAAUACCCUAUCCUACAUUAUUUUUAAAAAACCCAACAAUAUGUAAUAUUUAUUUUUUAAAGAAUAUUUUUGUAUUGUACUGUAAAUAUUUCCUCCUAUUUCUUUGCAUGAAAUUCAAAUGAAAUUAUACAAUGACUUUAAAUAAACUCACUCUUUUUUUAAUACUGCAUGGCAUAGGAAGUGAGAUAACAGUUGAUGUGGCUGGCAUUGUUAGCGCCUUAUCUUAUUUCAUUUUGAGUUUUAUUUUUUCGCUCAAAAUACUAAAAAAUAUUUUUUUUUACUAUGAAUGAAAGUUAUCAUCUGUGUAUUUUUAUUUUAUCUUAAGCUUUCUGGUUUUGUGAUGCUUUUAAUUUCUUUGUCGAUUUUUUUUUUUUAAAUGUUGGCAUGCUGGUUAUUUAGAUAGAAAUCAUGUGAAAUCAUUCCCCAUCAUUAAAAUUAACCAAUUGUGGAAAACCACGCUUUUUUGUUUCCUUUACUUUAUUGCCCUUCUUUCUGCUUGUCUCCAAGUGUAUAAACCUAAACUCUCGUUGAAUAACUUUAUGUGUGUUAUACAUUUAACUUUGUGAUCAGUGCAUGUGUUUUAGAUAACAUAAUAUAAUCCAGGUACCCCGUAGUUUUUUUAAAUAUAUAAAAGCAAUGAAAAAAAAAAUUCAUCUUGUCUGAAAGAUUCAAAGCUAUUUCAGUUAGGUUUACAUGGCAAAUUUUAUUGUUAUCGAGACAAAUUUUUUUUCUUUUAAUUUAAAGAAGUAAAUUUUAAACAAACAGUUAUUAAUUCAAAACCAAAAGGAAAUUGUUAUUAUAAACCUUGUUAAUGAAAUUGUUAUAAAACCCUGAAAUCUAGUGUAAAUUGUGUCCAAUCAGGCACACAUUUUUAAAAUAUUAUUUUCACUAGUGAAGUCACAUUUGAAAGUCACUUUGAAAACUCAUGUAAUAAUCAAAUCCCAUUUCUUGUCUUCACAGGUCUGGGUUCAGACACAAACAAGCAGUAAAAUUGGUAAUUUGAUUUUGUUUUCACUAUCAAGAAAUUAUAUUAACCAACAACAGUCCAAAUUAAAAGCUAGAAGUAAACCUCUCAUAAUGGCUAAACAUGUAUUAAUUUUUUUAGGGUCUCUGUUUUAGAAUGUAUUUAAUUUAUGCAAAAUAUGAGGAAAAUUUAAAACAGAAAAGAAAGUUGGCAUGAAACCUUCAAACUUUAAUUAAACUUCCUAUUCUUUUCUUUCUUUUUUUUUCUUUUCCACAGACCUGUGAUGUUGGGCACCAUUCUAGACU